GAAACGCGUUGGCUAAAUCAAUAUAUAUUUAAAAUCCCAGACACGUGUUUUUACUUUUAUUAUAUAAUAUUCACAAUCUGGAUUAUUACAUUUUACUUAUAUAACUAUAGAUCUAUAUAACGGAUUGUGCAGCGUGUUCAUGGGACCGAAGAGAGCAAAACUUGAAGAAUUGUCUGAUUCGUCGGAUUGCUCGAAAUCAAACUCGAAUGAGGAAGUCAUGGAGGAGGAUAAUAGAUAUUUCUUAAAAUCAAUAGACGAUAAACUGUCGCUGAUAUUGACCGCAAUUAACGAUUUGAGCGCGGCAAUUGCAAAAAUAAUAAUACUGCCAUUAGGAAAGAUGACAUUGUCGCUGACAUAAAAUCAGCUGUACAUGAAAUUUCUCAAAAUAUACCGAAGCCCGAAAUAUCCGUGAACCACGAAAAUAACGAGGAAAACAAUAACAUAUUUGAAAGAGAAGCACUAAAAAUAAAAAUGGAAAUAUAAAAUAUAUGGCACAACAAAAUGGAAAUACGAAAAAGUACGUACUGGUCCAUGAUAAAAAAUAAAGGCCAUUUUGAAAAAUAUUCUAAAUGGUUAAGAUUAACUCCAAUGGUAAUACCAAAACAUUUACAGAAAAAAGAAAUACCAAAUGAAAAUAUCGAUCAGAAAUCAGUUAGAGAAACGGCCGUUUUGAAUGGCUUCAAUAUCCAAACAGAAUUGCAGUCAUUACGUGCUUCUUCAAACUGUGAGAAAUUCAAGCGCAUCGACGAAGAAAUAUUCAAAUUGAUACAUUCAAAAUGCAACGGAAGAACAGCACGGACACUGGUAGAACUUUGGAAAACGGAAACGCAACGAAAUGAAGAAAUUUCACAUAAAAGAUGAGGAAACAAUGAAAAAUGGCUUUCAAAAUACGAAGAAGAAUUCAUAAAGGAACAUGAAAAUAAAAAUCCAUUCUUUAAAAAACAAGACUUCGUAAACAAAAAUCAACCCUCUUCAUAUGCGGAUGCUGUCCGAAAAAAUACCACCAACUACCAAAAUCUGAAAUCAACAUACAACUACAACAGUCAAAAAAGAAACACCAAUAAACAACAUUCGCAAAGAAGAAAUCUGCAACAAAAUCAAACAAGCUGUUUACAAAAUAUAGAUGUGGAAAGUAUUGUAAGAGAAGUUCUUUUAAAAAUUAAUAAUACCAACAUCGAAUUACAUAACAAUUUCCAAAGAAACAAUUCCACUUCAAACAGAAGCAAUAUAAGAGAUAACACAAGGUCUUCAUACAGAAGAAACUAUAGAAACAACAACAAUACGAGCGACGACAUAUUGCAAGAUAACGACGACAAACCAAGCGAAUUUAACGUUGAUUUUUUAGAAGGAGGCAGGGAGUGGAGCAGUCCGACAUAGAAACUGUAGGUAACCUAGCUGAAAAUUCAAAAUUAUUUACAAAAAUUUACAAUUUUUCAAAAAGAUCAUUAUCUCAAACUGAAAUUGACGUCUUAUUGAGGGGUUUUAAAUUUACACCAACACCUAAAUAUAAAAAUGAUUCUUAUGAUUAAUUAAAAGAUGUGGAUGAUUUUCAUAGAUCACUAAGGCUUAAAGAGUUUUUUAAUAAUAGUGAUCAUAAUAAUACAAUCAAUUCUAUUGUAAAAAAUCAAACGUCCUUUUAUCCACCUAAACAUAGAAAUAAUACACUAGACCAUUAUAUAAAUGUUACUCGAACACUUUGCCUUCAACAUUCUCAAAUGGAAAAUGACACUAAACAUAACAUAUCAUUAAAAGAAAGAAAAGCUAUAGAUUUAUUAGCAGAAGACAAAUCCAUAACUAUUAAAGAAGCAGAUAAGGGUGGCGGAAUUGUUAUAAUGAAUACAGACUUUUAUAGAAGAAAAUUAUUAGCAAUGUUAAAUGACGUUGAAUAUUAUAAACAAAUCCCUGAUAAUGGUAGUCAAAUAACACUUUCAAAAAUACGCAAUUUACUAAAGGAAAAUAAUAAACUAACUAAACAGGAAAAUGAUUUCUUAGUAAAAUUCGAAUGGGAAACAAGCCUAUUUUAUGGUCUUCCAAAAAUUCAUAAAAGUAAAAUCAUUCAGGAUGCAAUUAAACAUAGCAAUUCAGAAUAAAUAGAGUUAAUGGAUCCAGACGAUUAAAACUUUCGCCCAAUAGUCGCUGGAGCUAACUGUGAAACAAGUCGUUUAAGUUCUUUAUUGGAUAUCUUGUUAAAACCGUUUGUAAAAUAUGUCAAUAGUAAUAUAACAAAUAACAUAGAUUUCCUAAAACAUAUACCUUCACAAGUUCCAGAGUCAAGUACAUUAGUAUCAUUUGAUGUAAUUAAUUUAUAUUCUAAUAUACCGCAUACUCUUGGUUUAGAAGCUAUUGAUUAUUGGCUUCAAAAAUAUCCAGAUUCGGUUAAUGAAAGGUUUUCGCAACGGUUUAUAAAAGAAGGCAUAAAAAUAAUACUUGAAAAUAAUAACUUCAAUUUUGAUGACAAGUACUACAACCAAUCUAAAGGGACUGCAAUGGGUACUAAAUUCGCGCCAACAUACGCUACAUUGGUAGUGGGAUUUUUAGAACAAAAACUAUAUGCAAGAAUUGGAUCAAUUUAUAAUGAUGAAUUUCUUUCUUUUAUAAAAAAUAUUUUGGAAAAGAUUUCUAGACGAUUGCUUUAUUUUCUGGACAAAAUUUCCCCGUGAACUUCAAAACUUUUAUACUGUUUUAAACAACUUACAUUCGGAUAUCAAGUUUACAAUGCAAACAAGCACACUCGAGUUACCAUUUCUUGAUAUAUUGAUUAUAAAAAACAAUACUGAAAUUAAUACUGAUAUAUAUUACAAAGAAACUGAUUCUAAACAAUAUCUUAAUUUUACCUCGUGUCAUAAUAAACACACAAAGAUAAAUAUUCCUUUCACUUUAGCGAAACGGAUCUGCACCAUAGUUUCGAAUGAUAAACUUAAACUAAAACGUUUAAAUGAACUUAAGCAUUCCCUUAUUCAAAGAAAAUAUCCAUAAUCUAUUAUAAAUACAGGUAUUAAAAAAGCACUUUCCAUCCCUAAACAUGAAUUACUUUCAAAAUCAACACAAAAAGAGAAGAGUAAUAUAAUUCCAUUUAUUUCAACACAAAAUCCAAAAAAUAAAGAACUGUUUGGCGUAUUAAAAAACAACAUUGACAUUUUACAAACAGACCCGGUUAUGAAUAAAAUAAUUUCAAAUCAGAAGAUAAUAAAAUGUAAACGACAGCCACCUAAUUUAAAACGUCUGUUAACCAAAUCUUACUUUUCAUCUCAAGAACCAAGAGUAUCCAAAUGUAAUGACCCUAGAUGCGCCCUGUGUGGUUAUAUUAUUGAAGGGAAUUCUUUUGAUUUUAAUGGCAAAAUGUUCAAAAUAAAAACUAAUAUGUCAUGUGAUAUACAAAAUGUGAUUUAUGUAUUAGUAUGCAAUGGAUGCAAACAAUAUUAUAUAGGCCAAGCUGGCGAUAAACUUAGAAAUAGGCGAUCUGUCCAUGAACAACAAAUGCGAGACCCCUCAACAAGACAGAUGCCUUUAAGUAAACAUUUCGAUGAAUGUUCACAUAAUGAACCAACAUUUAUAAUAUUUCCAUUUUAUAAGCUAUUUUCGAACAAUAUUUCAGCUAGGUUAGCAAAAGAACAACAUUUUAUACAUGUAUUUAAACCCAAAUUAAAUUUCAUUUAAUAUUUAUUGACGUUAUGACGUCAUAAUUGAUAUGACGUUAUCUCCAUGACAUUUUGACGUUGUAAUAUAUUGUAUUAUGCCAUGAUGAGCUAUGCGAAACGCGUUGGCUAAAUCAAUAUAUAUUUAAAAUCCCAGACACGUGUUUUUACUUUUAUUAUAUAAUAUUCCCAAUCUGGAUUAUUACAUUUUACUUAUAUAACUAUAUAUAACGGAUUGUGCAGCGUGUUCAUGGGACCGAAGAGAGCAAAACUUGAAGAAUUGUCUGAUUCGUCGGAUUGCUCGAAAUCAAACUCGAAUGAGGAAGUCAUGGAGGAGGAUAAUAGAUAUUUCUUAAAAUCAAUAGACGAUAAACUGUCGCUGAUACCGACCGCAAUUAACGAUUUGAGCGCGGCAAUUGCAAAAAUAAUAAUACUGCCAUUAGGAAAGAUGACAUUGUCGCUGACAUAAAAUCAGCUGUACAUGAAAUUUCUCAAAAUAUACCGAAGCCCGAAAUAUCCGUGAACCACGAAAAUAACGAGGAAAACAAUAACAUAUUUGAAAGAGAAGCACUAAAAAUAAAAAUGGAAAUAUAAAAUAUAUGGCACAACAAAAUGGAAAUACGAAAAAGUACGUACUGGUCCAUGAUAAAAAAUAAAGGCCAUUUUGAAAAAUAUUCUAAAUGGUUAAGAUCAACUCCAUUGAUAAUACCAAAACAUUUACAGAAAAAAGAAAUACCAAAUGAAAAUAUCGAUCAGAAAUCAGUUAGAGAAAGGGCCGUAUUGAAUGACUUCAAUAUCCAAACAGAAUUGCAGUCAUUACGUGCUUCUUCAAACUGUGAGAAAUUCAAGCGCAUCGACGAAGAAAUAUUCAAAUUGAUACAUUCAAAAUGCAACGGAAGAACAGCACGGACACUGGUAGAACUUUGGAAAACGGAAACGCAACGAAAUGAAGAAAUUUCACAUAACAGAUGGGGAAACAAUGAAAAAUGGCUUUCAAAAUACGAAGAAGAAUUCAUAAAGGAACAUGAAAAUAAAAAUCCAUUCUUUAAAAAACAAGACUUCGUAAACAAAAAUCAACCCUCUUCAUAUGCGGAUGCUGUCCGAAAAAAUACCACCAACUACCAAAAUCUGAAAACAACAUACAACUACAACAGUCAAGAAAGAAACACCAAUAAACAACAUUCGCAAAGAAGAAAUCUGCAACAAAAUCAAACAAGCUGUUUACAAAAUAUAGAUGUGGGAAGUAUUGUAAGAGAAGUUCUUUUAAAAAUUAAUAAUACCAACAUCGAAUUACAUAACAAUUUCCAAAGAAACAAUUCCAAUUCGAACAGAAGCAAUAUAAGAGAUAACACAAGGUCAUCAUACAGAAGAAACUAUAGAAACAACAACAAUACGAGCGACGACAUAUUGCAAGAUAACGACGACAAACCAAGCGAAUUUAACGUUCAUUUUUUAGAAGGAGGCAGGGAGUGGAGCAGUCCGACAUAGAAACUAAACACCACUUGUAAGAGAAAAAAUAACCCUCUGUUUCAAUCCUGAGGAAUGGAAAGAAAUUUCUGUCCACAAAACGAAAUACGAGUCACUUAAGGGCCACAUUCCAUUAAUCACCAAAAAAAUGAAGGAAUACAAUCCAUAUUGUGUCCUUAGGUUUGGUCACAACAGGGUAAGAAAAAAAGGAAGUAGAAAAACACACACCAGUUAUUUCACCGGGAAAGCCGAGUGUAAAUUUCGUGGGUGCACAAAAUACAGUUUUUGUAUAAUAAAAGAUCCAAAAGCCGGCAAAAGGGUGAAAAUGAAAGUAAGAGUGUCAGGCAAAAUCGCCCAUCCAGAAGAUGUCAUCCAUGGGAGACACAUUGGUGGAGAACAGAGGAAUAACUUGAAAGAGAUUCUGAAAAAGAAAGGACCAGCAGAAACUUUCUAUGACAAUAUUGGAAACGCUGAUCGUGUGUCACUCGCAAACGGAAAUUUUAACUAUGUUCCCAGCAAAACAGCCUUGCGAAUGAUGCUGCAAAAAGUUAUUAAUAGUGAAAUCCUUGAUAGGGACGUAUUCAGAGAAGUAGAUGUGAUAAAUGACACCUCAGAACAGAUGAUGCCUGCAGGAUAUGUUCAAUACUUUGCUAAAAAACCAUUGAACAUAAUUCUUUUUACAAAUACGCAAAUAAAAAUGUAUACAAAGGCUGUGAAAUCUGGAAAUCUCCAUCUGUAUUUGGAUGCUACCGGAUCGGUCAUUGACAAGGUUCCUUACCAGCGAACGCGUUUGCUGUAUUACGCGAUUGUAAUCGAGGGAGCAGGAAACAACCCUCCCAUUCCAGUGGCCGAAUUCAUAUCGUACAGACAUAUUGUGUCAGACAUCUCUAACUUUUUGAGUAGAUUUCAAUAUGCGGCUCAGAAAGUGUCCCAAAAAUACAACAAUCCAAAAAUAGUUGAAGUAGACUUUAGUUGGGCGCUUAUUCAUUCAGUUUGUCAAACUUUUAACAGAUUUUCCACUAAUAUCUACAUGGAAAAGGUCUGGGAAGGAAGUCACACACCAAUGUGUACGGUUCACAUCUGUUCUGCGCACCUGCUUCAUGCAGCAAAGACAUUUGUGAAAACGAAACCAAAAUAUCUGAAGCCGCUACUAAUGGGAUCGUUGGCGCGUUUAAUACAAUGCAAGACAGUCAACGAGAUUGGACUCAAUAUUCAUGGUCAUGUGCAAAGUGCUUUUGAGUAAAUCCCCUCCAAUAAAGCAGACACUAGAUAUGUUUACAGGUACAGCCCAAGGCACAAUUCCUGAGUUAGCCUUGACCACUGAGGCAGAUGAAGCGGAACGCCCAGAGGAAGACGAAGCCCCUGUAACCACAGGUUGUCUAAAGACCACUCCUUUCCUGCAAUAUUGAAGCUAGCAUUUUUAUAUUUGAAAUGCAUGUGUAUCUCAUGGAGCUGCACAUUUUGAGUGGUAAAGGGUCAAGGUCAUCCUACAAGGUCAAACGUCAUAUAGGGGGACAUUGUGUUUCACAAACACAUCUUGUUCAUAAACAGUUUAACAUCAAGUGAGACAGCAAAUACUAUUUGGUAUAGUCAAACGCAUGGUAUAUGUCAAAAAUAUACUAACCCUUUUUAUUAAUAAUAACGAUCUCUAUUUAUGAAAUAUUAAGUUUAAAUCAGGUACAUCAAUUUAUUUAGGUUAUGGAUGGGUUUCUGCAUGCCUCCAUCAACGGCAGAUUGGAUGUGUUUCACAUCAACUCAAAUAAUAUGACUGCCACAAUGGAUUAUAAAGUAGGUCAACAAGGAACGCUUUGGAAGGUCAACCUGAUGUCCUACAAUGCCUUGAUUGGUGUCUAUAACGAGAACGGAAACCAUUGGGUGUUGCUUCAUUUUCCUGAAGACCAGAGGAUUACAAGCGGACAGGACGAAGGACGUAGAAGUUCCAUAAGGUCAUGCAAAUCAAGAUGAUUCAGUAUCAUGUGGAUUCUAUGCCCUAAAGUUUGCUGAAACUUCCUAAACUGUGAAAGUUUCAAGUUCACGGAGGGAUAUUGACCUAGUACGAAGGUCACUAGUGGCUAACCCAACAAAACCAGAAGAAGAAAUUUGGUCCGAUGUUGUUGCUGUGAAGAACAAGACAUAGAAAUAUGCAUUAUUGAUGAAGAGCAGAAAAAAUAUGUUACAGCAGGAAGUCAGACUUUGUCACAUCUCGUUCGGACGCUGGAAAUAUGAGCAAUGGUGAAGCCCUUGAUGAAGACAAAACAGAAAUGUGCAACCUAAAUGAACAGGAAACACAAACAGGUAGCGAGACAUCGUCAAAAGUAAUCACUUUGUCAGAUGGAAAUACAACCCAUAUCAAGACAAGAAAAGCAGUUAGCAAGACCUCUUCAGAAGCACCUCGAUUGUCACGUGGCAAUAAGAGACGUAACAACACGAGAAGAUUCCUGUGCUGUGCAGAUACACACUGAAUUGGGUGAACCGGAAUAAUAUUAUUAUACAAAUUUUAUGUUUAUUUUUUCUUUCUUUUCAUGAUACAGUUAUGAUGUUUGUCCUGCAUUUUCUUCGAUUUAGAGUAUAAUUCUGUCGAAGGUGUAUUAAUAACUAUAUUUUAGAACUUAUGUAAACAGUAUGUUGAUUCGAAUUCCAAAAAUGUGUUUCAUUAUAUUUAGACAUGAAAUCAUGUGUAAGUUUACAUUCCAGAAUUGUUUCCUGCAAAAUACAAAUGUGUAAAAAAUUGUAUGUGUUUGAUUUAAAAUGAGAGGUUACUUGACAACAGUCUGGGGAGAUAUAUUUUUAUGCCCCCUUUAAAAAAAAAGGGGGGGGGGUAUAUUGUUUUUGGCCUGUCGGUCUGUCAUUGUGUGCGUCUGUCUUUGUUUCCCAAAACUUUAACCUAGGUUACAGUUUUGUGAUAACUUUUGCAAUAUUGAUCAUAGCAACUUGAUAUUUGGCAUGCAUGUGUAUCUCAUGGCGCUGCACAUUUUGAGUGGUGAAAAGUCGAUGUCAAGGUUAUCCUUCAAGGUCAAAGUUCAAAUAGGGGGCAUUGUGUUUCUGACAAACACAUCUCUUGUUAAUACUACAUUUAAACAUGUACAUUUGAGCUUAAAUAAUCAUGAUAAGUCAUUCCAGCUUCAGAUCUGUAGCACUUAAUGUUUGUACUGUGUACACAUUUUUUGUUAUUAAAAGAAAUGAUUGCUUGUA